UCAAUCACAUUCCGUUUGAAAUAAAAAGAAAAAAAGACCCUCUCGAUAACGUAAACCUCUUCAUGCUCACAUUAAACACUCACCUUUCACUGUUUUUGCUAACAUGAGCCCUGUGUUCACCGUCACACCACCACACCACCACCAGUCAUGAAUCCACCACCACAACCGCCGUUGCAGCCACCACGCUCCUCCUUCAGCUGCGACCGUCAUCCCGACGAAAACUUCACCGGAUUCUGUCCGUCAUGCCUCUGCGAACGCCUCACUACUCUCGAUCAAUCCGCCAACGCCGCCGCAGCUCCGUCGUCGUCCCGCCGUAACUCCACCUCUUCUUCUACCACCGCCGCUGCUGCAAUUAAAGCAAUUUUCAACAAAAACAAACCGUCGGUAACCGCCGGAACGAGAAACUCGUUGUUACCAGAGCUGCGACGGAGUAAGUCAUUCUCCGCCGCGAAGAACGACGGUUUAGGUUUCUCCGCCGGUGUUUACGAGCCGCAACGGAAAUCGUGUGACGUCAGAACACGUAACACUCUCUCGUCGCUUUUUUCAAUUCACGACGAAAACAGACCGAGGUUAUCGUAUUCUCAACAGCAAACCCUAGGUAGCAACGGCGUCGUUUUAGAACCGAAUAGAGAAGACGAAGAAGAAGAAGAAGAAGAAGAAGAGGAAGGCCACGAAGAAGAUCAAAUUCACAAAAACGACGACGUAGAUGAAGAAAUUAGGGUUUCUGAAGAAAUUAGGGUUUCUGUGAACGAUUUAGAUCACAAUAUUGUUGAAGAAGCCGUUAAAAUUGAACAAAAAGAAGAAUCAAUUUCAAUUUCAGACGAAUUGAAGCCAAUGGCAAUGAAGGAUCACAUAGAUCUAGAUUCACAAUCUAAGAAACCUUCACGGUCAAACUUCUGGUCAGCGGCGUCUGUGUUGACCAAAAAGUGGCAAAAAUGGAGGAGAAAACAGAAGGAGAGAGUAACAGUAACAGGAACUAACGGCGUUAUCUUAUCGUCAACAUUGCCGGUGGAGAAGCCGAUUUCACGUCAGUACCGUGAAACACAGUCCGAAAUAGCCGAUUACGGGUUCGGCAGACGGUCGUGUGAUACGGACCCGAGGUUUUCGUUAGACGUGGGUCGGGUAUCGUUUGAUGACCCGAGGUAUUCGUUUGAUGAGCCUAGGGCUUCAUGGGAUGGGUAUUUGAUUGGUAGAACGUUUCCGCGGCUUCCUCCUAUGGUGGAGGAUGCUCCGGUUGUACACGUGCCUCGUUGUGAUUCGCAGAUUCCCGUUGAAAACGGGGUAGUUUUAGAUGAGAACAUCCCGGGUGGGACGGUUCAGACCCGAGAGUAUUAUCUGGAUUCGAGCUCUAAGAGGCGGAAAAGCCUCGAUAGGUCGAAUUCGAUUAGACGAAUGGCUGCUUCUGUUGUUGCAGAACUGGAUGAAACAAAGGUGAACAAUGUGGUUUCAAACACCAAAGUUUCACCUGCUACAAUUGAUUACAAUGGUCAUGGGGUCCCGAUUGAUCCGCCUAGGGUUUCGAAUUCGAAUUCGUCGUUAAGGGAUGAUAGUUCGGAGACUUUUGAAUUAGGUUUUAAGGAUAGGGAUAAUAUGAUUCCAAUUGGUGGGGAGAAGAAAGAGGUUAAGAAGAGUCGAAAAUGGCGUUGGAAGCUUUGGGGGUUCAUUCAUCGUCGGAGUAAAGACGACGAUGAAGAUCGGUGCAGCACUGUAAGUGGCGUUGGAAGAUCAUAUUCCGAAUCGUGGCAAGAUUGUAAUAAUGAGGUGAAUAAUGGGGUUAACAGGAAAGUGUUUAGAAGCAAUAGUAGUGUAAGCUGGAGAAGUUCUUCAUUGAGGAGAUCAAACCCUAGUAACAUGAAUGGAAAAUUGGUUGGAAAUGAACAAGGGUUUGUGAAUGGGAAGAGUAGAAGAACAGCAGAUGAGUUUGUGUUUGAACGGAACCGAAGUGCUAGAUACUCGCCGAACCAUAUUGAUAACGGGCUCUUACGGUUCUAUUUAGGGCCAUUGAGUGGUAGUCGAAGAUCGGGGAUUGGGAUUUCGACGGGGAAAAACAGAGCGACGAGUAACACCCAUUCGAUUGCGAGAAGCAUGCUUGGGCUGUACUGAAACCGAAACAGGUUGAUCUUUUCUUGCAUUUCAUUGUGUAAUAAAAACUCUUGCUUUGUGUUUUAUGUUAUCUUGAAAUUGGUUGGUUGGUUGGUUGGUUAAUUGAGUGAGGUUCAAUAGUUCAUAUUGUCA